GCCACGCCCAUGGUGGGUGGGGUUGGCACUGAAGGGUUAAGCCAGACGGAAAUCCCGGGACUCCAGGCCUAGGCGCGGGUCUUGGGGCUUCAUCCCUUCAGACCAAGAGGUGCAACUGACACAGAAGCGGCUGUUGCAGGCAAGAGCUGACCCCUACACUAGUGCCUACACACCAGAUGGAGGUGAUCCUGAAUACCAGCCCAACUGAGCUGACUCUGGAUCCAGCAUGCCAGCCAGAGUUGACCCUGAGAUCCAGCCUAAACAAGCUAACCCUGGAUCCAGCACACCACUCAGAGCUGACCCUGAGCACCCAGCUAGCUGAGCUGACACUGGAUUCCACAAGCCAAACAAAGAUGACCCUCCGUCCUGGCCUAGCUGAACUUAACCUUGAGGAGACCCCAAUCCCCAACCUGGCUGAGUUGAUCCUGGAGCCUGUGCACUGCCGACCAGAGCUCUUGGAUGCUUGUGCUGACCUCAUCAAUGAGCAGUGGCCCCGCAGCCGUGCCUCCCGCCUGCACUCCCUGGGCCAGUCUUCAGAAGCCUUCCCCCUCUGCCUGAUGCUGCUAAGCCCUCGCCCCACACCUGAAGCAGCACCCAUUGUGGUAGGCCAUGCCCGGCUGUCACGGGUGCUAGGCAGGCCCCAGAGCCUUUUAGUGGAGACAGUGGUGGUGGCUCGGGCCCUGAGGGGCCGUGGCUUUGGCCGCCGCCUCAUGGAGGGCCUAGAGGUCUUUGCUCAGGCCCGGGGCUUCCAUAAGCUACACCUCACCACUCAUGACCAGAUGCAUUUCUAUGCCCACCUGGGCUACCAGCUGGGUGAGCCUGUGCAGGGCCUGGUCUUCACUAGUCGACAGCUGCCCACCACCCUGCUCAGUGCCUUCCCCAGGGCUCCCUCUACCUGGACACCCUGCAAGGCCCCAAACUUGACUGCCCAAGUUGUCCCAGUGGACCCCAAGGGGCCUCCAUUACCACCACCCCCUCCCCUGCCUGAGCCCCUGACCACCUCACUCCCAGCUCCGUCAGGCAACCCUCCAAAAAGCCUGCUGGUGACAAAAUACCAAAACCAGAAGGGAUGCCCCAUCUUCUGGAUGGAGAAAGACAUCUGAGGGCCACCCAGGGCAAGGGACUGCUGUUCUGUGUCAAUGGACUGUGUGGGACAGAACUGGCCUCAGCCCACUGGUGAUACCUUGAUCCCUAGCUCCUGGGGGGCAAUUUUAGCCUGGGUUUGUUUUAUGGGUACCAGUGGGGGUCCAGGAGGUGGCUCCAUAGCUCUGGCUCAAAGUCAUCAGUGUGGCUCAAUAAAGGCUUCUGGUGGGUGUGGCUGUGACAGUUUAUUUGUUGACCCCAACCCUCAUCUCUCAGGUCCCCUAUUUCUGCAGAAUCUUCAGAUUCACCUGGGCCCUGGGAUCACUGAGGAGAGAACACCUGUUCUUUGCCCCUCCCUCUCUGCCAGGUCCAGGGGACAGAGGGGACUGUUCUCUUCUCCAUUUACUCAUCAUUCACUGAGCAGCUAUUGUUUUGUCAAACUCUGGGUGGGGGAUAAGCAAUGGAGAACUGAACAGGUAGAGUCUCUAACCACAGGGACAGAUAGGGGACGAACAGGUAUACAGUAGCAAGAUCCACACUGGAGCAAGGGAAGUUCAGAGGCUUCAGGAGCCCAAGUGCCCUCACUCCAACUGGGGAUCCAGGAGCCCUCCCAGAGUAGGUGACAGUUGAAUAGAGACUUGAGUGCUGGUAAGAAUUAAGCCAGGCAGGCAAGGAUGUGGAAGCUGAGGAUUCUUGGGGCAGAGAAUAACAUGGGGAAAGGAAAGAAGGGGACUUGUGACAGCUAUGGGUAAGGGGGUUGUCAG